AUGAACGGGGUCGAUAAAGCAGACCAGUAUACCGGUACAUACUGUUUCAUGCAAAAGUCCCAAAAAUGGUGGCGAAAAUUAUUUUUUUGGGGCUUGGAAAUCUCAGCCAUAAAUUCUUAUCUAUUACAUAAAGAAAAUCAGAAGAAACACAAUACAAAAGUUACGCAUUUGCAAUUUGUACAUCGCUUGUUGGAGAUGUUCGUGACACUGAUCCCAACAAAUUCUUCAACUUCUGGAACAGGAGAAAGGCUGAACAGCCUUUUACAUAUUAUUUGGCGGGAUGAUACAGGAAGGAGUAAAGACUGUGUGGUAUGUUCAAAUCGGAAAAUCAAAGGUGGAAGAAGAGAAUCGAAAUAUUAUUGUGCUACUUGUUCUGCUAAAUCGGCUUUGCACAUAGGUGACUGUUUCAAAAGAUACCACACCAAACACGAAUAUAAAACGAGUCACAUAAACAUACCAUAA